AUGGACUGUCAAAGAAAUAAAUUUCUCAACAUUGAUUCUGGAGAUGAAAUCGUUAUUUCUGGUAUCGCCGGUAGAUUUCCUGAAUCUGAUAACAUAAAGCAUCUUCAGGAGAAUCUGUUUAACAAGGUAAACCUUGGAUCAAAUGACAACCGACGAUGGAAUCACGUUCAUCCAGAAAUACCUCAACGCACAGGAAAAAUCAAUAAUAUGGAGAAAUUUGAUGCAGAAUAUUUUGAUAUUUCCUUCGAUGAAGUCGCCGUGAUGGAUCCUAUGGGUAGAAUGUUAUUAGAACAUACCUAUGAAGCUAUUAUCGAUGCAGGAGUAAAUCCGAAAGAUAUACGUGGGACAAAAACUGGAGUUUUUAUCGGGGCAUGUUUUUCUGAAUCUGAAGGCAAUUGGUUCUACGAAAAACUGCAGGUAUCAGGUCCUACAAUUCUUGGAUGUAGCAAGGCUAUACUGGCAAAUCGAAUAUCUAACUGGUUAGGUAUAACAGGUCCGUCUUAUCAAAUCGAUACCGCUUGCAGUUCAAGUCUCUUUGCUAUGGAGCAUGCUUAUAGAAGUAUGCGAUCGGGAGAGUGUGACGCCGCUAUCGUCGGUGGUGCAAAUCUCUGCUUACAUCCCAAUUCAUCCUUGCUAUUCGCACGACUUGGUAUUUUUGAUUCUAGGAGUUUUAUCGCUUAACGGAGAAAGCCAAUUUGUUUUGUGUUUUCCGGAAUAGGAUCGCAAUGGCCUGGCAUGGGUCAAGCGUUACUGCAAUUCCCGACAUUUUAUGAAACUGUAAAAAAGUGCGAUACUAUUUUAAGGACACGUGGAAUGCGCAUCAUUGAUGUAUUAACAAGUAAACACGAAGCAAUUUUUAGCGGUAUAUUGAACUCGUUAGUUGGCAUUACUGUAAUGCAGAUCGGAUUAAUCGAUCUUUUAAAAUCUGUAAAUAUCGUGCCAGAUUAUGUUGUCGGCCAUUCGGUCGGCGAACUCUGUUGCGGAUAUGUGACUGGUAAUUUUACAAUGGAACAAGUGCUUCUCUCCUCAUAUUAUAUAGGAUUGGCGUUGAGUGAAACAAAAAUAGUUCAUGGCGCCAUGGCGAACAUUGAUCUUAGUUAUGAAAAUGCUAAGAAUAUAUGUCCUCCGGAUAUUGAUAUAAUCUGCAAUAUGAGUCACAAUACUUGCUCUAUAAGUGGGCCAAAAGAAUCAGUAACAGCAUUUAUGACAAAGUUACAGUGUGGCGUACACCAUCGCUGGAUCGAAGGCCCGAUUGUUUCGGGUUAUCAGCACAAAGAUCUUGUUUGUAUAGUUUAUGCAUCUAUCAAUUUCAAAGAUGUAAUGUUAGCGACAGCCAAAAUUAUCAUGGAUGAAUACAUGUCACGCGGACGGCUAGAAGAAUGUCUGAUAGGUUUGGAAUAUGUCGGUAUCGAUAGUGUUGGACGUAGAAUAAUGGGAAUUUGGGAAAAUAGAUGUAUAUCAAAUAUUCGCGUAGCCGAUAGACCUUUAUGCUGGUAUAUUCCUGAUGAAUGGUCACUGGAGGACGCUGCGACAGUCCCGUGCGCUUAUGGCACAUGUUGUUACGGACUAUAUGUAAAGACAAUGAUGAAGAAAGGCGACAAGAUAUUAAUUCAUUCGGGUACUGGAGCCGUAGGUCAAGCGGCGAUUCAUCUCGCGCUUCACGAAGGCUGCGAAGUAUUCACCACCGUCGGCACUCCGGAAAAGCGAAAGUUUAUAAGAAAGACUUUUCCAUCUAUUCCAGACGAUCAUAUUGGAAAUUCGCGCGACACCAGUUUCGAGCAAAUGAUAUUCCGAAAGACUAACGGUCGCGGCGUAGAUAUCGUACUGAACUCAUUAGCUGAAGAGAAACUUCAGGCUUCUAUUCGUUGUCUCGCGAGAGGAGGACGUUUCUUGGAAAUUGGAAAAUUUGAUUUUAUGGCUAAUAAUAUAUUGGACUUGUCAGUUUUUUCGAAAGGUAUUUCAUUUUACAGCGUUAUGUUGGACAACUUAUUCUCGGCUACAGAGGAACGAAGAAUGGUAUUGAAUAAGGUCCUAGUCAAUGGCCUUAUUAGCGGCGCCAUCAAGCCAAUCAGCAGAAAAGUUUUCCAAAGAGACGAAAUUGAGUCUGCAUUUAGAUACAUGGCAGCUGGAAAGCAUAUAGGAAAAAUAGUUAUAAAAAUACAUAAAGAAGGCGAAUCCAUAAACGCACCAAUUCUGGCACUUCCGCGUUAUUAUUGUAUGGCGAACAAGACAUACAUCAUUUUCGGUGGCUUAGGUGGAUUCGGUUUAGAAUUAGCCGAUUGGUUGAUUAUUCGAGGCGCCGAGAAUCUUGUGCUUGUCUCGCGCACAGGAAUAAAGAACGGAUAUCAGCAAAUGAAGAUUGACUUGUGGAAAUCUUAUGGAGUGAGGAUAUUGAUCUUAUCGAACCUUGAUGCGUCAAACGUCAAUGAUUGCGAACGUAUAUUGAAAACAGCGGAAAAGCUAGCGCCAGUAGAUGCUAUAUUCAAUCUUGCUGUAAUAUUGAACGAUAAGAUCUGCCAGAAUCAUACUGUAGAGACAUUUCAAGAGCCAUUUAAAGCAAAAGCUUGGGCGACGAAGAACUUGGAUCGAUUGUCUAGAAAGAUAUGUCUCCAGCUUCGACAUUUUGUUGUGUUCUCUUCAGUUUCCUGCGGUAGAGGCAAUGCCGGACAGAGCAAUUACGGUAUGGCAAACUCUGUUAUGGAAAGAAUUUAUGAGAGAAGAGUGCAAGAAGGUUUACACGGACUGGCGGUUCAGUGGGGCGCAGUAGGCGAUGUCGGCCUCGUGGCCGACAUGCAAGACGACGAUAGGGAAAUGGUUAUUGGCGGAACUUUGCAACAAAAGAUAAGCUCCUGCAUCGAGAAAUUAGAAGAAUUUUUGUUACAAGAACAUCCCGUAGUGGGAAGUAUGGUUGUAGCUGAGAAGCGUUCGGACGCUUUUGGCGCAAACAAUAUUGUUGAAACCGUGGCCAAUAUUAUGGGCUUGAAGAGUUUGAAUAACGUGGCUCGCUACACAUCUUUGCCCGAGCUCGGCAUGGAUUCGAUGAUGGCUGUGGAAAUUAAACAGACUUUGGAACGGGAAUUUGAUGUUUACCUUACAACGCAGGAUAUUCGUUAUCUCAAUUUUGCCAAACUUAUAGAAAUGUUUGACGAAAAUACUUCGAACGAUAAAAGCGAUAAAAGCAACCGAGUUGAGAACGAUUUAACUGGUAUUAAACUGCUCGUUCGUUUGAUAGGUAAUGAUCAUCUGAUUCGCGAUAUCUGUAUAGAUUUACCGACAAAAAAAAACAAGUCGAGAAGCGAAAUAUUUCUAUUGCCAGGAAUGGAAGGCUGCGGAAAUAUAUUCGAUGCGCUGGUAGAACAAAUCGAAGCUCCAGCAACAUGCUUACAACAUGGAGCAUAUCAUAUCGGCACGAGCUGUACUUCAAUAAAUGAGAUUGCAGAUCGUCUUUUAAAACAUAUUUUGAGCAAAAAGAAAUUGAAUCGGGAUCUUGUAAUAGUGGGUUAUUCAAUGGGAUCAUUGAUCGCAAUUGAGUUAAUGCGAAAAUUAGAAGGGAUGGAUCUCCAAGGCCGAUUAGUGCUCAUCGAUGGCGCACCGGAGCAAAUGAAAGCUAUAGCAAAUCAAUUUCUACCUUUUACCACAAAUUUUGAACUUGAGAAUAAUGUCCUGUUAAGUAUAAUGGAUACUAUACAGCCAACACUUAGUGGAAAACUGCUUUUGGAGUUAAACAAAUGCACCAACUGGAACGAAAAAUUAGAUAUUUUUAUUACUCAUGUUCCUCCAACUUAUACAAAAUUGUCAGUUGACAAUAACAAAUCUUUGUGUACUACAAUUUACGAACGUGUGAUCGCCGUUCAUAAAUAUGAUGUAACACAGUUAUCAAAAAUUAAUUCACCUAUAGUACUUCUAAAACCUACAAUACAAGUUCUGCCUUUUUUUCAAGAGGAUUACGGUUUACAUGAGAUUACUAAAGAAAAAGUGGGAGUGUUUUAUAUCGAAGGUAAUCACAUUACAAUGAUGAACAAUGAUAAAGUCGUCGCUGUGAUUAAUGGAGAAUAUAUCGAAAGUGGCAAAAAAUCGAAACCACGUAUAACAGAUGACGAUAAAAUAACAUCUGUACAAGAUAUUCGUACCAGAUCGUAA